AUGGAGCGCGCGGCGCCAGCGCCGGGCGUGCUGCCCUUCUCGGACCCGGCGCACGCGCCCAGCCUGCUGCGCGGCCUGAGCCAGCUGCGCGCCGAGCGCAAGUUCCUGGACGUGACGCUGGAGGCGGCGGGCGGGCGCGACUUCCCCGCGCACCGCGCCGUGCUGGCGGCCGCCAGCCCCUACUUCCGCGCCAUGUUCGCGGGCCAGCUGCGCGAGAGCCGCGCCGAGCGCGUGCGGCUGCACGGCGUGCCGGCCGAGGCGCUGCAGCUGCUGCUGGACUUCAGCUACACGGGCCGCGUGGCGGUGAGCGGCGCCAACGCCGAGCCGCUGCUGCGCGCCGCCGACCUGCUGCAGUUCCCGGCCGUGAAGGAGGCGUGCGGCGCGUUCCUGCAGCAGCAGCUGGACGCGGCCAACUGCCUGGACAUGCAGGACUUCGCCGAGGCCUUCGGCUGCGCGGGGCUGGCGGGCGCGGCGCAGCGCUUCGUGCUGCGCCACGUGGGCGAGCUGGGCGCCGAGCAGCUGGAGCGCCUGCCGCUGGGCCGCCUGCUGCGCUACCUGCGCGACGACGGGCUGUGCGUGGCCAAGGAGGAGGCGGCCUUCCAGCUGGCGCGCCGCUGGGUGCGCGCCGACCCGCGCCGCCGCGCCGCGCACUGGCCGCAGCUGCUCGAGGCCGUGCGGCUGCCCUUCGUGCGGCGCUUCUACCUGCUGGCGCACGUCGAGGCCGAGCCGCCCGUGGCGCGCUGCGCCGCCUGCCUGCGCCUGCUGCGCGAGGCGCGCGACUUCCAGGCGGCGCGCCUGGACCGCCACGACCGCGCGCCCUGCGCCCGCCUGCGCCCGCGCCCGUCCACGGGCCUGGCCGAGAUCCUGGUGCUCGUGGGCGGCUGCGACCAGGACUGCGACGAGCUGGUCACCGUCGACUGCUACGACCCGCGCUCGGGCCAGUGGCGCUACCUGGCCGAGUUCCCCGACCACCUGGGCGGCGGCUACAGCGUCGUGGCGCUCGGCAAUGACGUCUACGUGACCGGUGGCUCCGACGGCUCCCGUCUCUACGACUGCGUGUGGCGCUACAACUCGAGCGUGAACGAGUGGACGGAGGUGGCGCCCAUGCUUAAGGCGCGGGAGUACCACAGCUCGGCCGUGCUGGACGGGCUGCUGUACGUGGUGGCGGCUGACAGCACUGAGCGCUACGACCACACCGCCGACUCCUGGGAGUCGCUGCAGCCCAUGACCUACCCAAUGGACAACUGCUCCACCACGGCCUGCCGCGGCCGCCUCUACGCCAUCGGCUCGCUGGCCGGCAAGGAGGCCAUGGUCAUGCAGUGCUACGACCCCGAUGCUGACCUCUGGUCUUUGGUAGACUGCGGCCCGCUCCCGCCCUGGUCCUUCGCCCCCAAGACUGUGACACUCAACGGACUCAUGUACUUCAUCAGGGAUGAUUCGGCCGAGGUGGACGUGUACAGCCCCACCAAGAACGAGUGGGCCACCAUCCCCGCCAUGAAUCAGGUGCAUGUGGGGGGCAGCCUGGCCGUGCUCGGAGGGAAGCUAUAUGUGUCGGGUGGCUACGACAACACGUUUGAGCUCUCCGAUGUGGUGGAAGCCUACGACCCUGAGUCUCGGGCCUGGAGCGUGGUGGGCCGCCUGCCCGAGCCCACCUUCUGGCACGGCAGCGUCAGCAUCUUCCGCCAGUUCAUGCCCCAGACACCGUCAGGUGGCCGCGCCUUCGAGCUGGACGACAGCCGCAGUGAUCUGGAUCCGGGACGGCCGGCGCUACUGCCCCACGACCCCCCUGAUGAGCUGCACUGACCCCGGCCCCGGCCCAGGGAGGACCUCGGUGCAAGUAACGAACAGGCACCCCUGGGGGACAGCGACUCCCCCUUGUCUGUGCACCAGGCCAGUCGGUGACCCUCCCUGGGUCAGGAGGAAGUGACUCCUGCCUUCGCCAGCGCCCCCUCCUGGCGGCUGUGGACAAUCCCGGUUACUGGAGGUCUGUUUGCCCUAGAGGAGGCAGGCCUCAGAGGACCCAUCUGUGAUUUGGGCUCUGUGGGUCCUGUGCCAAGAAGGGACCAGAUCUUCAGGUGCCUGCCCGCCUGG